AUGGCUUCGUAUAAUUUACUGAAUCAAGAGGAGGAGGACUCCCUCCAUAAGUCGCGCCUCCUCAACGUCGAAGAGAAACCAUUCAAACGUAUCACGAAACGACUUCUCGCCAGCGACUCUCUCAUAACCACACCCCUCUCCUUCCCACCUACACCUCCUCCUGAAGGAGGCGACGCAGAAAAUGAGUCUACCGUCGCAGAGCAACACCAACAGAAAAAGAUCGAAGAAUGGCGACAGUUCAAAGAAGCCGUGACUCUAGACUUUGCCGCCUUUGAGAGCAGUAUAGCCCGAAUACAGUUCCUAUUGACGAACAACGAGAAAGAGCGAGAGCGAUACGCAGCUGAGAAACUUCGUAUACAAUCCACCGCGCAGGAUGUGCGGGAUAACACCGCUGAGCUGCGUGUGCAGCUCGAAGCCGCUCAGAAUACUUUAAACCUACGCAAGACGUACGAUAAUCUAACGGAAAAGAUUACGAGUAACCGCUUACUCCGGCCACGAGAAGACCAAAGAUCCAAUCUGGAGAAACUGCAAGUCGAGAUUCUGGAGCUGGAGAAAGAGAGUAAAGAGUACGCAAAGACAUGGUCUGAGCGGAGGGAACAAUUUGGUCGCAUUGUAGAAGAAGGCAUGCAACUACGUCGAUUGAUUCGUGAUGAAAAGGAAGAAGUUGAGCGGAGGGAAGGCAUGCAGGAAGGUGAUGGCGACGGAGGUGAUGAGGAAGACUCUACAAAGGGUGGUCGUAUUAGUGGAGUUAAUUCUCCUCGUCCGGAGUCAGAGGAGUCCGCUCCUCCUCCUACUGCUUCUUCUUCGCUGAAGUUACAAACGGAUAGAUUACAGUCGGAGACGGCGGGUGCGGCAUCACCGUUGCGACAGUCGAUUUCGAUAUCUGAACAGAAGCCCGAGGAUGUGGAUAUGGUUGAUGAAGGGGAAGUUGACGAGUUGGAAGAGGGGGAGGCCGAUGAAAGAGAGGAGAAGAUGGACACUACGUAG